UGCUGAGAUUAUUUCCUUUUUUAUGAGGAUAAAUAUGAGACGGUAGAAUAAAAAUUGUUUCCUUUUUUUUUUCACGAGUAUGGAUGAUUUGGAUAGACUAGUUGGGUAAGAUCCCUAUAAAUAUAAGCCUGACAUCCUAGGGAAGGAAGAUAAAUCAAAUCAAUCGUUGGGGUUUUGAUCAUCAAAUCAAUCAAGUCGUCAUGCAAAAGCAAAAGAGUCCGCGAGUAUUUUUCUUCUACCCUAUCAGUUUCUCACCGCGCUCCCAUUCAAUUUCGGCAAGCCGUUUCGUCAUAACUCUAAAGACUUUCCGGAGAGAUUUAUACCGUCCGAUCACGGGGAAAGAACGACUAUUCGGACAGACGUCACUAGGUCCUUCAGUUCAAAUCAAAUUCGAGAUCCCUUCAGAGUUUCUAGCCUCCUCGAACGUGGAAACAUGCCGUCGACACGUGUCUCUCGUUUUGGCGAAUGUUGAGCCAAGGAUUCGGGAGAUUUUAGUUUUGUAUGGCAUUCAACUCAUCGGAGAAAGCCGAGGAAGACCAUUCGAGCUCAAAGCUGAUGCGGAAGAUGUUGAAUAUCACUUGAUGGAAGAAAGCAAAGGCUGGACAACUUCUACUUGUAUCCCUAAAUCGACUACUACUCCGGUCGAGGAAUGUACUAUAUGCCUUGAAGACUUAUGCGACGACGAAAAAACUGUAGUGGCACAUGAUUGUUGUCAUGUUUUUCAUAAACUCUGUCUUUGGCGUUGGAUUUGGACCAAAAGCACUUGUCCUCUUUGUCGUCAUCCUAUUUAUUCAAGACCCGAAUUUUUGGGAUCUUAAGCUUUGUAACACGUCCAUGUAUGACCCAAAGAUGC